CCGUUGCCAAUGAACUCCAUGAACCCCAUGAAACCUGCCCUGCCCCCCGCACCACACGGUGAUGGUUCAUUCGCUUACGAGUCUGUGCCUUGGCAACAAAGCGCCACUCAGCCAGCUGGAUCACUGUCAGUGGUCACUACUGUGUGGGGAGUCAGCAACGCGACCCAGAGCCAGGUUUUGGGGAAUCCCAUGGGCCCUGCGGGGAGCCCCCCUGGUGGCUCCAUGAUGCCCGGCGUGGCAGGCAGCAGCUCUGCCCUGACCUCCCCUCAGUGUCUCGGACAGCAGGCGUUUGCUGAAGGUGGUGCCAGCAAAGGCUACGUGCAGCAAGGCGUGUAUGGCCGUGGGGGCUACCCUGGGGGCCCCAGCUUCACCACCGGGUAUGCAGGCGGCCCAGGGAGCCUGGGCCUCCCUUCACACACCGCACGACCCUCCACUGACUUCACACAAGCAGCAGCUGCUGCUGCUGUUGCUGCUGCAGCUGCCACAGCCACGGCCACGGCCACAGCCACUGUGGCUGCCCUCCAGGAGAAGCAGAGCCAGGAGCUGAGCCAGUAUGGAGCGAUGGGGGCCGGACAGUCUUUUAAUAGCCAGUUUCUACAGCAUGGAGGUCCUCGGGGGCCCAGCAUCCCCACUGGCAUGAACCCCACUGGCAUGGGAGGGGUGAUGGGCCCUGCUGGCCUCUCUCCUAUGGCCAUGAACCCCACCCGGGCAGCAAGCAUGGCACCCUUGUACGCAGGGCAGCGCCUACCCCAGCAGGGGUACCCUGGACCUCCACAGGCCCAGCCACUGCCCCGUCAGGGGGUCAAGAGAGCCUACUCCGAGGUGUAUCCAGGGCAGCAGUACCUGCAAGGAGGCCAGUACGUGCCCAGCACUGCCCAGUAUGCGCCCGGGCAGCCCCCUGCCACCUCCCCAUCCUACCCCGGGCACAGGCUGCCCCUGCAGCAGGGCAUGGGCCAGUCCCUGUCCGCACCUGGCCCUGUGGGACUGCACUACAAGCCCACAGAGCAGCUCACCAGGCAGGGUGCCAGCUUCAGCGGGGGUGGCAUCAGCUGCAGCCCGCCCAGCCUGAGUGGGCCUGCCCGCUCCAUCCCUGGCUACCCCAGCUCCCCACUGCCGGGGAACCCCACGCCACCCAUGACCCCCAGCAGCAGUGUCCCCUACAUGUCCCCAAGCCAGGAGGUCAAGUCUCCCUUCCUGCCUGACCUCAAGCCCAGCCUCAGCUCCUUGCACCCGUCGCCCUCUGGAAGCGGCCCUUGUGACGAGCUACGGCUGACUUUCCCUGUGCGCGACGGGGUGGUCCUGGAGCCCUUCCGCCUGCAGCACAACCUGGCUGUGAGCAACCAUGUCUUCCAGCUGCGAGACUCGGUCUACAAGACCCUGAUGCUGAGGCCUGACCUGGAGCUGCAGUUCAAGUGCUACCACCACGAGGACCGGCAGAUGAACACCAACUGGCCGGCCUCGGUGCAGGUCAGCGUCAACGCCACACCCCUUACCAUUGAGCGUGGCGACAACAAGACCUCGCACAAGCCCCUCUACCUGAAGCACGUAUGCCAGCCGGGCCGCAACACCAUCCAGAUCACCGUCACUGCCUGCUGCUGUUCUCACCUCUUCGUGCUGCAGCUGGUGCACCGCCCGUCUGUGCGCUCUGUGCUGCAGGGCCUCCUGAAGAAGCGCCUCCUGCCCGCUGAGCACUGCAUCACCAAGAUAAAGCGGAACUUCAGCAGCGGCACCAUCCCCGGGACCCCUGGGCCCAAUGGAGAAGACGGGGUGGAGCAGACAGCUAUCAAGGUGUCCCUGAAGUGCCCCAUCACCUUCCGGAGGAUCCAGCUCCCUGCCCGUGGUCACGACUGUCGCCACAUACAAUGCUUCGACCUAGAGUCGUACCUACAGCUCAACUGUGAGCGAGGGACUUGGAGGUGCCCUGUGUGCAACAAGACAGCAUUGCUGGAAGGCCUGGAGGUGGACCAGUACAUGCUGGGCAUCCUAAUUUACAUUCAGAAUUCUGACUAUGAGGAGAUCACCAUCGACCCCACGUGCAGCUGGAAACCAGUGCCCGUGAAGCCUGACGUGCACAUCAAGGAGGAGCCAGACGGGCCGGUGCUGAAGCGCUGUCGCACCGUGAGCCCUGCCCAUGUGCUCAUGCCCAGCGUGAUGGAGAUGAUCGCCGCCCUGGGCCCUGGCGCUGCACCCUUUGCCCCCCUGCAGCCCCCCUCAGCCCCUGCCCCCAGCGACUACCCCGGCCAGGGUUCCAGCUUCCUAGGGCCCGGUACCUUCCCCGAAUCUUUCCCACCCACCACGCCCAACACCCCAACGCUUGCUGAGUUCACCCCAGGGCCACCACCUAUCUCCUACCAGUCUGACAUUCCCAGCAGCCUCCUGACUCCAGAGAAGCCAGCUCCCUGCCUCCCGGGCCAGAUGGCACCAGCAGGUCACCUGGACCCUGUCCAUAAUCCUGGGGCACCAGGGCUGCACACCCCCAACCUUGGGGCUCCUCCAGGUCCCCAGCUGCACCACCCGAACCCUCCCCCAGCGUCCCGACAGCCCCUGGGCCAAGCAGGCUUGGGGCCUGUCAGCGAGCUGACCUUCAAUCCUGCUGUGGGCGUGAUGGGGCCCCCCAGCAUGUCUGGGGCAGGGGAGGCUCCAGAACCAGCUCUGGACCUGCUCCCAGAACUGACCAACCCUGAUGAGCUGUUGUCCUACCUGGGCCCGCCCGACCUUCCCACAAACAGCAAUGAUGACCUGCUCUCUCUCUUUGAGAACAACUGAUCCUGUGUUAGCCCCCAGCCUGGUGGGGACACACUCAAGAUGUCACCAAGGUCCUGCCCUCCACACCUAGCCCCAAAGGACACCCGGUGGUCCUCUCCAACCUCCCCCCCACACACACACCUGUAGCCAGGGCCAUCCGCACCGGCCCCAUCCCUGAACUGGAAGCAGCUGGUGCUUGGUCAGAGGGUCCCCCAGGCCAGCGGCCCAGCCCCCUCCUCCUCCAAACCCACUGCUGCAGAACAGUUUAUCCUGAGGUGCCCUGCCGCCCCUGCCCAGCUGUGUCCACACACCUCACGUCCCUGGUCUCCAAGCCCUGCACCAUGUCCUUCCGCCCCUGCCUGUUCCCACCUGGCCUGCAUCAUGUCCAGCGUUGACCCUUCCAUUUCUACACCUUCUCGACCUCGAAGAGCCAGGCGUGCGGUGGGGCCAGCUGCAUCCCCUGGGCCUCCGGCUCAGACAGCCCCCAUACCCAGCAGCCCCAGUUCUUGAAACCACGCUGAACCCCAGCCUUCAGGGAGCCUAGAACUGUCUCCCAGCCCUGCUGGGUGUGGUGUUGGGGGGGAGGGGGCUGUAAAGCACAACAGUGUACAUAGUGUACAAGCAUUGGCAGCUGGCGGAGGGGAGAAGCUAUUUAAGUCAGCACGUUCCUCUGAGUACAGCCCGGGCCUUCCCUGUGCGUGUCACUCCUUCCCGGGAGCAGAUGGCUCAGGGAGACCCUGAGGGGUGCAGCGAGACAGGGAGCUUCAGCCUGGCUGGGCGGGGUGGGCUCUCAGACUCAGCUCUGUGUAAAACUUCUCUAGUGGGCUGCUAUCCCAGGUUCCCCUUUUCUGUGAAAGUGAAGAAUUAGUACAGCUGUGUUUUUUAAAACCACCUCUCCCAUCCCCUUCCUGUGGGCCCACACCCAGGUCAGGAGGAGGAAGACACUGCAUCUGCAGGCUCACAGCACGAGCUUGCGGCAGCAGGGCUCCCCCUGCCUCCUGUCUGUGCCGAUCUCUAUUAAAGGACUCCCUCUUGGUGGGC